CUGCCAGCUCGGGAGUGGGCAGGAACCUAUUCAUCCACACACCAUGUCUGCCCUCGAAGACAGAGUAUACGUAACAGGAUGAGACAGAUAGAACUAACGUGCGGAAUAAUGAAGCACUGUGCUAAGAAGUUCUCCCGCUCCGGUGGUCGGCGCGCGCGGGCGGCUCAUUUGAGGACGCCUAACAGUAGUUCGCGACCUCCCUUCCUUCCUUCCCUCAGUCAUACUCUCACACUCGCGGCUUCGCCAUCAUCUACAACAUGUCAGAGGUAGAGGAAAUUGAGGCCCGCCUGGCUAAGCAGCUGGAGGAAUAUCGGAGCAUCAUACAAGGCACAGACCUCUACGAGUAUAUGGGGAAUCGCGUGGUGGAAUCCCGAACCACGAGCGGUAACUUGGUCGCUGUGAAAGUGAACCGGAAGGAAGACUAUAGGCAAUCGGAAGCUGAAAUGAUGCAGUAUGCCCAUGAAAAGGGGAUCCUCACACCUCGGGUACGCGGUUGCUAUUACGUGAAAAGGGGUGUCAUAGCCACAGUGACUGACCGGGUGCCUGGCGAUUCGCUUGAUAAAUUCUGGCACACCUUAACCAAGUCUCAAAAGAAGAACAUUGAACUCCCACUCAAGCAGCAGGUACAAGAGAUGCGGAAACACACCCAGCUGUAUAUUGGCCGUAUCGGCAAUGUCACGACAUAUAAUUUCUUCGACCGCCUGCACAAUAAUGACAUGGGCCCCUUUGCUUCAGAAGAAGAAUUUGAUGAGUGGUGCUUUGCCAGAAAGAGCCCUUCAAAGUUCGUUUUGACACAUGGUGAUCUGUCUGCGCGGAAUAUUAUGGUUCAAGAUGGCCAGCUCACCGGCAUCGUCGAUUGGGGGUACAGUGGAUUUUUCCCUGAAUACCUGGAGUAUGCCUUGGCAACAGUCAUUCAUGAAUCUAUAGAGGAUUGGUGGCUUCCCGUGCUGAAAAGGGUGCUGGAGCCCUCUGGAUACCUCCGGGCCAAAUUUAUCACUACCAUCAGGGAUCGAGGGUGGUAG